GUCGGGCUGGCAUGCUUUUUGUAAACAUUGAGCCUAAUAUUUGUAUUUUGAGGCUUUUAAUUGAAUUAUAUUUGAUUAAUUAAGGUAUAUUGCGUAUUGUACACUGAAUAAUGUAGAUCAAAUGAUAAAAGUAUGAUUUAUACUGAAAAUGGCUUUAAAAUUGACAAUAUAAAACGAAACUCUAGAGAGAACUCGUUCAACAAUUAAUUGAGAUCCAGUGACAACAAAAAAGAUCCAGUGAUAAGCAAAUAUAAGUAAAAUAAUUAAAAUUGAGCAACAGAAGCACGGCAAGUAGUGCAACAAGCGCCAACACAGUCAGAAUCAAAGGUGUAAAGACUUUUUUACUUGUUAGAUACAAAAGUGAAAAUAAGAAAUAAGAUGCCAGAAUAAAAAUAAAUAAUUACUGUAAAUCGUUCGUUUUCAAACCUAAUAAUUGCUCCAAUUUAUAGUAUAAACAUUCGGUUAUUACAUAAUUAUCAAGGAUAAUCAAAAAAGCAUCACAAUUUUAUAAAAAAAUAAACUUAAAAGUUUUUUGUUAAUGUGAAUCGAGUGAAGAAAAAAAAGUAAAUUUUAAGAGAAAAAGUAAAAAAAAAUAAAAGUGAAAAAAUUUAAAAAACCAUUUUUUGUUCCGUUUGUGGAAUAAGCAUCUCAAGUUACUUGAGGACUUCUGGAAAGGAGCAACAAUUUUUUUCUCGUCUUCGCAAAUCGUUAUGUGUGUAAAGUCGUGCAAUGUAAAGUUUUUUUAAAAAGUGAUGAUGACAACAAAAAAAUAAUAUUAAUGAUAAGAAAAGGAAAUAAAUCAUUGCCUAAUUUGCAUGAGCAAGUAGUGUAACAUCAUAAGAAUAACAUCAAGUAGAUUAUAUUCGACAGUGAUUAUAAGUGAAGAUAUAAAUAUAAAUUAAUCAAUAACACACAAAAGAAAAAGUCAUAAGGAGAAAUCAAAUAUUGAUUAGCAAGAAAAAUAAAAGGCAUAGUGAGCAUAAAAAAGUUUAUAAGUUUAUUUGUAAAACUUGGAUUAUUUUAUAAACGGCUGGAUUCCCAAUCCAGUUAUUAAGGAUGAUUGGUAGUCAUUCAAUCAUCAAUCAAACCAUUUUACGACGUAACAAGAAUGUAGCAGAAUGAAAAAGAAUAGUAAAUUUUAUCCUGAUAUUGAAAUGAAAAAACCACAAAAACCUUGGUUAGAAGAAAAUGAACGAAUGGAUCGACGUGAACAGGCCAAACAACAACAAAAGCAGCAAAUGCAAAUGCAAAGGCAAUCACAAGGUGAUAAUGACAUGCCACAGCAGCAACCAUUGUUUGGAGUUCCAGUAAAGCUAAGUGCAUCGGAAGGCGAUCGUGCUAUAGAAUCAACAUUAGGAAAUUUCAAUGAGGCAGUGCCAUUAUUGACAAAUGAUUCAAAGCAAAUAAUUGGUAUAAAUACUAGUUCAUAUCCUCAAACUCCACAAUCGCGUACUGGACCACCUGCCUUCGGAUCAUCAAUAAAUAAUAAACCAUUACCACAAUCAUCAUUUAGCAAUGGAAUUACACCAUCAUUGUCACAAUCAUCAAGUAUAAAUAAUCGAUCUGCAUAUAGUAACAAUAAUAUAAAUAAUAACAACAAUAUAACACAAAAUAAUAACAAUAAUUCAAAUACAAAUGUGGCAAUCAAUAAUUAUCCACCAAAACCAUUGAAUCUGCUGCCACCAGCGCCACCACGUGCAAAUUUGAACAACAAUAAUAGUGGGAAUAGUAAUAGCUCAUCAUCUUAUAACAACAACGUUUUUCAACGGCCUGAUAUUAAGCCAUUUCCAAAUGGACGUUCAACUGCUCCACAAUUAAGCAAACAUGAGAAUGGCCGUGAUCCGUCAUCGAAAAAGAGUGUUGAUGAUAUAUUGAAAGAGUUUACAGCAUUUCCAUUAGCGCCAUUAGCUGAGAUAGGUGCAACGCCAAGAAAUGAAAUGGCAAAGACGAAAUUUUCUGAGAUUGUUAAUGGACCGAAUAAGCAUAAGUAUCUCCUUCCAGACCUUAUUCUCCCCGGACCAGGAUCACCACCUCCAUUGCUAAAUAACAUUAAGUCACCAAAACAAUUGAUUCAACCAAUUCCACAUCAGUCUCCCGUACAACCUCAAUCACUAUUACAACCUUUACCAUCACUACCACAUCAUAUACAGCAGCAGCAAAUUCAACAGCCUGUCCACCAAACAAUACCAUUAGUCGCACCUCCAGCAAGUGUCACUGACCUUGAUGUGUCAGACAGUGAUAAUGACACCGAAAAAUCCAAACCAGCUGUGAAUCAAGCUGCAUCGCCAAUAAACAAUGCAUCAUCGGCUGAGUCAAGCGAAAGUUCAGAAGAUUCUGAGACGUCAGAAGAUGAGAAUGAUCCGCCCGAGCCAGAGAGUGAAGAGGAGGAACCAAAGCCAGAACCAAUGAUAAUAAAGAAUGAGCCGAGACCGGAAGUAAAAUGGAAUUUAGGAUCAUUUAUAAAUAAUAAGGAAGAUCAAAAGUCACCAAAUGAAGUUCUUCAAUCACCUGAGAAUCCACAGGCUGUGAAAACUGAUGAUAAUGAUGAUGUUGAAGACGAUGAUACAGAUGCAGAAAGUAUCCAUCGAUCGCCAUCCUUCCACAACGAAAAUAGUAAUUCAUCAAUUCACGAUAAUAAUAAAUCGGAUGGAAGUAAUGAUGAGAGGCCUCCCGUACCACAAAUAUCAUCACAAAAGUCACAACAACAAUCAAUGCCACCUCCAUCAAUGCGAAGUCCGAAAAUAACAAUGAAAAAUAAAUCUGUCGUUGAUGAUGCUCUUGCCUUCUUAAAUGAACGAUUUCCGCCAAUCCAACCAAUUAUGCCACUACCAAGUCUAUCAGAGUCUGACGAAAAAGGUGAUAAUGGUCCAAAUGUGACGAAAAAGAAGCGCGUUCCAAAACGGUCAAAACCACAGCGUGAUGAUUCUAGUUCUGACGAAGGUGGACGAUAUAGUAGCAGUUCUGAUUUAAGAAGACGUUCAAAGAAAUCAACAUCAAGUAAUAGCAGUAAGACAAACAAUAGCAACGAUGUGUCACAUCCGAUUUCAUCAUCGACGCAAAACAAUCAAGUUAAUCCAUCCCAAAAUACUUAUGAUGUAACACCAAGUGAUACAAACAGCAAUAAUGGAGCCAAAAAGACACAUCGAGCAUCAACAUCUUCGUCAUCAUCGAGAAAAGAGCCGAGAAAGCCCAAAGCAAAAUCACCAAAAAGUAAGCCGCGUGUAUCGACAAGUGACUCAACGGAUGAGGAUGAAAAGAAGCCAUCGACAGCAGUACCAACAAUACCUAAUAAUAAAGCUAGUUCAUUGUCAUUAAGUCCCGUAAAGCAAGCAAUAAGGCCAUCACCAAUAGAUCCGUCAUUAUUAAAAGAGAAGGAGGUCGCAAAGCGAACUGGAUCAAGAACAUCUCUCGAGAAAUUACCAAUUUCAUCAUCAAGUAGUGAUAGUGAUAGUGAACCUUCCAAAUCACCAGUCUCACCACCAACAGCAAACUCAUCCGAUCAAUCAGAUUCGGAUGAUUCAAAUCAUCAUUUUGGUAAGGUUCAGGCAAAGAAGACAAAAAGUGAUAAGAAUAAGUCAGAUACAUUGAGAAAGCUAUUUGCUUCUCAGCCAAAAACGGGUACGAAUGAAGGCCUUGGGAAGGGCGGUAAGAAUGGAGGUAAAAAACCAAUCGGUCAAGUCGUUGUAGUUGCGCCAGAUGAGCAACAAACAAAUAAACCAAAUGACUCAAAUAUUAGUGCCACAAGUGUACAAAGUCAUCCUAAAUAUUUAUCACCAGCAAGUGCAUUCACCGAAAAGCCCUCAGUUAUGAUUCGAAUAGAUCUAGCACGUAUAGAUCUAUCGAGACUCAAAAUACCACAAGAGAAAUUAAAGAAUACCGUGAUAAGAACGAAAAGUCCAAUUGUUCAAGCAACAGCAUCAAUCGUAGCACCAACAACAACAAUAAAAACACCACCAGUAGAUCAACGACCUACAAGUAGUAAUAGUAAAAGUAGUAAGAAGAGACGACGUAGUACACAUGAAGAUGAUGAGAAUCAUCAACAGAACGAGAGAAAUGGACGUAAAAAGAAAAAUAAGACAUCAUCAGCAACAUUUGAUCAACUAUCUGUCUCAUCGACUUCCUCAUCAUCCUCAUCUUCGUCCUCAUCGUCCUCAUCAUCAUCAUUGAUUGAACAAAAUCAUCGGAAUAAUAAUAGUAAUAGUAAUAAUAAUAAUAACAAUAAUCAUUCAGAAAGUGCUACGUCACGCGUCUCAUUUCCACAAAACUUUUCAACAAGCAACGAUCGACUGAAUAAUAAUAAUAUUGAUCAUAAACCAAGAGACUUUAACAAUUGCUAUCACUCGCCAAGCAGUGUCGAUACAAAAUUACCUAAAAUCAAACGUGAACAACAACAACAGCAGCAACAGCAACAGUCUAAUUAUAAGAAUGAGUUUAGAACGACAUCGGCAAGUCCAAUGAAGGAUGUAAAAUCAAACGAUGUGAAGCCAAAUAAAAUAAAGCAAGAGAAGGAUAAUGAUAUUAGUGAAAAUGGUGCUCAGGGUAUUCGAAAUCGUUCGACAAGCGUCACAACGCCUAAUUCUCAUACGUAUAAAGAUAGGAGGAAAAAAGAAAAGAAAGUGCUUGAUAUUAUGACAAAUAGUAGUGAGAUUCCGCCAAUGCCACCAACAAAUCAUGAUAGGUUAUCAACUAAUUGUCUUGUAAAUGGUGAUUUGGCACCACCGACUAUCAAACGAGUCUUUGUGUCGUACUUUGAACGUAACAAUGAUGGUUCUGAACAGGCUGAGAUGAGGAGUCAAAAUGAUUACCUUAUCGAGGCCAAACGACUGAAGCAUGCAGCUGAUAGAGAACGAGAUGAUUUAGCUCAAGCAAUGCUUUAUUUAGAAGCAGUACUUUAUUUUCUAUUAACUGGUGCCGCCAUUUCAGCUGAGCCUGGCAAGGAUAAAGUGGCAUUUACAAUGUUCAAAGAUACUCUUCAGUUAAUUAAAUAUAUUUCCUCGAAAUUUAGAAGUCAGCAGCAGCACGCAACAAUGCAGGGUAACAUACACAGUAAAGUCGCUAUUUUAAGCCUUCGGUGUCAAUCGCAUAUAUACUUAAAAUUGUACAAAAGUUCACGGUCCGAAAUUCGUGAAUUGCAGAGAAUCAUAUCAGAUUACAAGCCAACAGAAAUGGCAAAUGGAAAUACUCCUUCGCCUUUAUCACCUACAUCUGUAGGAUCUCAGAGCUCUGGUUAUAGUUCUGGGCAACAAAACACAAUCAAUCCGCCUUGUUACAUGAUGCCAAUUCAGGUUCAUCAAGCCUAUCAACGUCAAUCGCAACUAUUCGGUUAUCUUGUUAGCUGUCACGAUCUUUGGGAACAGGCUGAUAAUCUAGUAGCGCGGGGCAAUCAUACAGACUUUUUCAUCGAGCUAGAUCACGAAAAUGGACCAAUAACGUUACAUAGCAGUUCAAAUAGUGUCGUUAAAUAUGUGCAAGCAGGCAUUCAAAAAUUGCGACGAAACGUCAAUAUGUAAAACUUGAACUAAUAAGAAACAAUCAGGCUGCCAAAAAUAUUCACAAUUUUGUCAGAUUGUAUUAGAAGGUUUAAAAACGAUAUAAAUGGAAGUUCCUUAAAAUCAGGCAAAAAAAAACCAUCCGAACAAUUUGUACUUUUUGCUAAGAUUUAUGAUGCUUUAGUAUGCGCGUUAACAAAAAAAAAUCUUAUUCUUUUGUUCUUCUAAGUACCUAAAUUUAUUUUCUUUUUAAACAAAUUCUAUUUAAAUUAAAUUUGAUUAUGUUUGUAGACGGAAAUUGAAAUUGAUUGUUAAUUGUUUUGAAAUUGAGAACCUUACAAAUGAUUUAAAAGUAAACUCUUAAGAUUGAAAUUGUUUGAAAACCUUUCAAAUGUUCUUCUUCUUCUUAAUUAUUUUUAUUAAGGUCCUUUUUUAAUCCUUUCAAAUGUUUUAUCUUUGCCACUGUUUUCAGUAUCUUAAAACCAUACAAAUUUAAAUAAUUUUUCUAGCAAAAAUACUGUUCGAAGUUUCUUUAAUUAUAAUUUUUAAUAAAUUCGACAAUAUUCGGAUGCAUCUGAACAUUUGUUUGAUAAAAAGAGACAUUUGUAAUUUUUUAUUGUGUUUAAUGUGUUUAAAAUUGGAUACGAACUGGAAAUCAUGAGAGUUUUGAGGAGGUGCUUAUAAGUGUUUUUAAUUAUGUGAAAAACUAGGUUUUUAAACAUUCACAACAAUCUUGAACUAUAAUGUUUGAAGAAAAUGAAUAUGAAAAGUGCUAAAGCCUAAGUGAGAAAUCUUAGACUAAAAAACUAGACUUUAGUUAAUAUUAUGGCCAUAAAGUGGUUGAAUGGUAUGAUCUUCAUGUUAAGUGCUAUGAUCAAGUUGAAGUGAGAUAAGAAAAAUCAAUUAAAUUGUAGAUUUUUUAAAAAUCUAGAUAAAAAACGUUCGUAUAAGUGCCAAAAAAAAUUGGAGCAAUUAAUGAAGGAAUUUGUAAAGGACUUAGGACAGUAACGAAUGAUUUGUUAACUAAUAGCAGUGCUACUCAAACGUAGCUUGUGUAUCGAGUUAUAAAUAGAAAAGAGGCAUUUUUAUCCUCAAAAAUUAGUAAAUCCACCUCAAAACUCAACCAAAAAUCCAAUCAAUUUCAAUUCCUGAUUUUUUAUUGUUUUCUGACGAUUUAAACUAUUUUUGUCAUAAGACUAAUGCUUUUUAUGCUGCAUGUCAAUUAAAUAUCUUUAGACUAUUAUUUCCAUUAAAAAUUGAG